GGCCAAAGACUGGCAGUGUAUUGGAUUAUGGAUGCAGAGAUUUAAGAAUUGGAGAUUUGAAGAAAUUUUCGUCCGAGCUUCGACUUGAGGGCGAAAAUGUCUUGUAGCUACGCUUCUUUCUCGUUCUCUUCUCUCUCCAUUGUCCCUAGUUCAAUCUCCGUUGCUCGCUCAAGAUCGAAGUUCAGUAUCCAAUGUGCUGUUGGAGGGACUGUUGCAGAGCCAAAAGUUACUAAUGCUGUUGCUGAACCUCUCUUGCUAAAUGCUGUCAGAGGACAUGCUGUUGAAAGGCCCCCAGUUUGGCUUAUGAGGCAAGCAGGGAGGUACAUGAAGAGCUAUCAAAUCAUCUGUGAGAAGUAUCCUUCUUUUCGUGAAAGAUCAGAAAAUGUUGAUCUCGUUGUUGAAAUCUCUUUACAACCGUGGAAAGUUUUUAAGCCUGAUGGGGUCAUUUUAUUUUCAGACAUACUCACCCCUCUUCCUGGGAUGAAUAUUCCUUUUGACAUUGUAAAAGGAAAGGGUCCGAUCAUAUUUAAUCCUCUUGGAACUGUAGCUGAUGUUGAUCAAGUGAGAGAAUUCAUUCCUGAGGAAUCUGUUCCAUAUGUUGGGCAAGCAUUGACAAUCUUGCGGAAGGAGGUAAAUAAUGAAGCAGCAGUGUUGGGUUUUGUGGGUGCUCCAUUCACUCUUGCAUCCUACGUGGUUGAAGGUGGUUCGUCGAAACAUUUCACAAAAAUAAAGAGACUAGCUUUCUCUCAGCCCAAGGUCCUCCAUACAUUACUGCAGAAAUUUACGACCUCUAUGGUAAAUUAUAUCAAGUACCAGGGGGACAAGGGGGCACAAGCUGUGCAGAUAUUUGAUUCAUGGGCCACUGAGCUCAGUCCAGUUGAUUUUGAGGAGUUCAGUCUACCAUACUUGAAGCAGAUUGUGGACUCUGUGAAACAAACCCACCCACAUCUGCCUCUAAUUCUAUAUGCUAGCGGAUCUGGUGGCUUGCUUGAGAGGUUACCUUUGACAGGUGUAGAUGUUGUUAGCUUGGACUGGACAGUAGACAUGGCAGACGGUAGGAGACGGUUGGGACCUGAUGUGGCAGUUCAGGGUAAUGUGGACCCUGGUGCUCUUUUCGGUUCAAAAGAAUUCAUCACCAAUAGGAUAAAUGAUACUGUGGGGAAAGCAGGGAAGAAUAAACAUAUUUUGAAUCUUGGCCAUGGCAUCAAAGUAGGGACACCUGAAGAGAAUGUUGCACACUUCUUUGAGGUUGCCAAGGGGAUCAGAUAUUAGGAUGGAAACAGGAAGUUUUCUCAAGUGGGUCAUUUUGAUGGGAACUUCUUGUGGUGAAAAGCUUGCAUUUUUCUCAUUUGGCACCGAAAUAUGUGGAUCACUGUAGAUUCAUGGUUGGACCAAGUUUUCCUUUCCCCAGGACCUUUAUUGCUGUUGGAUGAGAGUCUUUGGACACACAAGGGCAGUUUCGGGACUUUGAACAGUAGGGUGAUUGAGAUUAUGACCAUCGAUUGACAGGGAAUCUCUUCACCAUGGUGGGAAAGAUAAACUCUUGUUAUCAUGGUUGGGGCCCUUUGGGCUAAACUGUAAUUUUCACAUGGCAAUGGACCAUGGGGGCUUCAAAAUAGAGAAAAUUUAAACCUUCCGAUAAAA